CAAUGACAAUAUAUUCCUCAACCGACCAGUUGACCAUCUCCUACUUGCUCCCAAUUUCCUCUCUUCUAACCUUUCCUUCUUCUUUUUUCCUCGAUCUUUCUCUGUGUAUUACUCCAUAUAUCCUAGCUUCAAAAAUGGCAAUUAAUCCCCAAAACUUUGACAAGUCUGACCAGAUGAAAUGGAGCUCAGAUGACCAGGGCUCAAGCCAAGUUAGGUCAUAUACCUGUACUUUUUGCGACAGAGGCUUUUCAAAUGCACAAGCACUAGGGGGUCACAUGAACAUCCAUAGAAAAGAGAGAGCCAAGCUUAAACAAGCUGCCGAUGAAAACUCUCCCCCUUUGGAUAUCGCCAUAAACCUCACUGAUCGUGAGCCUCAAUCUUUGGAGGAGAAAUUUUUAUUUCAACUUGAUUCUAGUGAAGAAAAUAGUUGCACUCCAAAAAGGCCAGAUGAUACUCGGGGCAAAGUUGGUGUCGAAGAACUUCAGCAGCUUUCCUUGUUUGUUGAGACACCUUCGGCCGGAGAUGAUAAAAUGGCAAUUGAUUGUGAUGGCUGCAAUGAAAAGAAAGGGAUGCAAUUGAGUCAUGCUUUGCCACAGACUGCAGAAGUGGACCUUGAGCUUCGAUUAGGGUCUGAGCCUCAAGGAACAUCGACAGCAAUCAGUACAAAGAGAAUUCUUUUAAGUCGGAAAUGAUGAGCACGCCUAUUUUGGUCUAAUAAAAGAGGUUCUUUUUUUCUACCCACCUCUUCAUCUACUCUCUCAUGUUGAUGAACAGAUAAUAUCAAUUGCUUUUAUAGUGCAGUAGAGGGGACACAAAUUAUGUGGUGAUUGGUAUUGAUAUUGUUUGUAAUCUUUGCUGCUAUUGCAGCCGGCUUUGUAAUUCAUUUUAUACCUUAUUUUAUUAUUAUUUUCUCAUUUAUCGUAAAACUUUUGUUGUUUAUAAUGAGUAAUCUUUUAGUGAA